UGCCCAGUGUACACGUUCAACGACCAUUUGGCGUCGGUGAAGGCGAUAGCGUUCCACCCGCAACAGGCGCAUUUGCUGGCGACGGGCGGGGGGACGGCGGAUAGAUCCAUCAAAUUUUGGAAUUUAACGACGGGGACGUUGUGCCACAGUGAGCAGACCGACAGUCAGGUUCGUCUCUUUUUUGUGUCUCUUUUUGUGAAUGCAAUUGCAUUCAGCAAACACUACAAAGAGCUGAUAACCGCGCACGGAUAUCCAAAUAAUGUACUCAAAAUAUGGAAGUACCCGUCGAUGAAGCCAGUUCAGGAUCUGACGGGUCAUACCGAACGAGUUCUAGGCCUAACGAUGUCACCUUGCGGGCAGUACGUGAUGAGUGCGUCGGGUGAUGAGAGUCUGAGGCUGUGGUGGUGCUUUAAGGUGGAUCAGAGCGCGAAACAGAAACAGAACGCUGUGAAGAGCUCGUCUUGUCUGAUGCAGUCGCUUAGAUAG